AUGAAGGUUACCAUCGGUCCAGCAACCUUUGCAUCCAUUUUUUGGCUUGCGGAAAGUGUUGGAGCAACACUUUCAAGGACCGGUAAUAUUACGCUUUUUGCUGAUACUUUAUGUCAGGAACCCGUCUACGUCAAUUCUUUCAUUCUCGGCUUCGACACCUGCGGAAAGGAGAAUUCCGCCACCCCUUACCUUGAUCCAUUCCAGUCUUACAUCUUGAACGAGAGGCCAUGGUGUCAAAAUGGUACAAGGCCAUAUUUCAACGUCUAUAGCGACUCCACAUGUCUUGACUUAACCACGUCAAAUGAGCCUGGACCUUUUCGUGAUGAGAAUGCACAGCCUCGCUGCAUAGCACCAGGAGAUUUCAAGGGCAUGGCCUUUAUUUGUGAUGGAUUUGACGGGAUUGAGGGCACUGCGGAUGAUACACCGACAGCUAAGGAGACACUGAUAGAUGGUCCUAUAUCUACUACCUCAAGAACGACUUCCAUUCCGAGUACCACACCAAUAUCAAAAUUUUCAUCUACGCAAACUCCUUCCACUUCCUUCAGCACAGCAUCCUUUAACAGUAUCCCAACAUCAUCCCCGAUACUUGAGGGCCCAACAUCGAAUCCAACAGUAACCGAUAAAAGCCCCUCCAGUUCUUCUAACGCUUCCAGUAGCACAUCAGCAGCACCAAUUCAAACAAAUAUGGCAAAAGCGAUAACAAACAAGGGGUUAGUUGUACAUGUCGUAUUGUUGAUAUCUGUUCUUAGAACUAUACUGUAG